GGGCUAUCUGAUUAGAUUUGUAGAUUCUUUAGUGAGGUUUUCCCACAUUACGUUGGUGUCGAACAAAUUGCGAAAUCAUCGUACAAUUCUUGUAAAAAAAUGGAUUGACAGCUUUUGAUUAGACAGUGGACAGUAGAUACGUCGGACUGCUAUAAAAGACGCCUACACUUCCAAGAGGUACACAUUGUUAAUUCAAUAUGUUGAAGUGCGUGAUCUUGUUGUCGGUUGUUGCCUGCGCCUUUGGAGCUGCGCUCCCUGAGGGUCUCCUCCCCCAGUUGGAUGGCCGCAUUGUUGGUGGCGUUGCCACUAGCAUCAGCAGCUUCCCCUGGCAGAUCUCCCUUCAGCGUAAUGGUGGCCACUCCUGCGGGGGUUCCAUCUACAAUUCCAAGUUCAUCGUGACAGCUGCUCAUUGCCUGCAAUCUGUGUCCGCCUCCGUCCUGCAAGUGCGCGCCGGCUCCAGCUACUGGAACUCUGGUGGUGUCGUCAGCAAGGUCGCCUCCUUCAAGAAUCACGAGGGAUACAAUGCCAACACAAAGGUCAACGAUAUCGCUAUCAUCAAGUUAAGCUCUACCCUGUCCUUCAGCGGUAACAUCAAGGCUAUCGAUCUGGCCACCUCUGCUCCAGCUAAUGGCGCUGCUGCCUCCGUCUCUGGUUGGGGUACCCAGUCUUCCGGAUCCAGCUCUAUUCCCAGUCAACUGCAGUACAUCAAUGUGAACAUUGUCAGCCAGUCUGCUUGCGCUUCCGGAUCUUACAGCUACGGUAGCAAGAUCAAGAGCACAAUGAUCUGCGCCCGCGCCGCCGGCAAGGAUUCGUGCCAGGGUGACUCUGGUGGCCCAUUGGUAUCCGGUGGUAGACUCGUCGGUGUUGUCUCAUGGGGCAAUGGCUGCGCUCUUGCCAACUAUCCCGGUGUCUAUGCCGAUGUUGCUGUCCUCCGCAGCUGGGUGGUGAACAACGCCAAGUAAAUCUAAGAACCUUGGCAAAUAAAUAAAGCACUUUAAUUAAUUUUCAA